AUGGCUGAAUGCUAUUAUUUACGUUUGCUGCUGAUUACUGUGCGUGGCCCCACAUCAUUUCACAGUUUAAGAACUGUAAAUGGCGUAUUGUGCGAAUCAUAUCGUGACGCCUGUCAACACUUUCAUUUACUUGAAAACGAUGAACAUUGGGACAAUUCCCUUCACGAAGCAUCACUUACAGCUUCUUCAUAUCAAAUGCGUACAUUAUUCGCAAUUAUAAUAUCAACAUGCUUUCCAUCAAGACCUGUACAACUGUGGGAACAACAUAAAGACGCCAUGACAGAUGACAUUUUACAUCAAGCACGUAAUGCAAGUGAACACACAGAAUUACAAUACACUGCGGAGAUGUAUAAUCAAUCAUUAAUUUACAUUGAAGACAUGUGUUUGAUGAUGGCGAAUAAACUCCUUAAUCAAUUGGGACUGCCAUCACCAAAUCGAACCAUUACAGAAGUUUGCAAUCGUGAAAUACAACGUGAAACACAGUACGAUACCAAUGCAUUACAUACAUUUGUUCAAGACAACAUAACAAACAUGAAUCAGCAGCAAACGCACGUCUACAACACUAUUAUGCAAGCCAUCAAUGAGAACAACGGUGAAUUGUAUUUCCUAGAUGCUCCCGGAGGUACUGGAAAAACAUAUUUAAUUGCGUUGAUUUUGCCCACAGUACGAUCAAACGGCAAUAUCGCGUUGGCAAUAGCGUCUUCUGGAAUUGCAGCCACUUUGUUAGAUGGUGGAAGAACGGCACAUUCUGCAUUAAAAUUGCCAUUAAACAUGCAACUAACAGAAACACCAACAUGUAAUAUUUCGAAAACAUCCGCAAUGGCAAAGGUUCUUCAACAAUGCAAGAUUAUUAUAUGGGAUGAAUGCACAAUGGCACACAAAAAGUCUUUAGAGGCACUGGAUCGAACCUUGCGAGAUUUGCGCACCAACCAACAGCCAUUUGGAAAUGCGAUUAUAUUAUUAGCAGGUGAUUUUAGACAAACUUUACCAGUCAUCGCACGAUCAACUCCAGCAGAUCAAUUAAACGCAUGUUUAAAAUCAUCUCAUUUGUGGCGAUUGUUUCACAAACUAUCGCUUACUGUAAAUAUGCGCGUACAGUUACAAAAUGAUGCAUCAGCCAAUUCAUUUGCAAGCCAAUUAUUGGACGUUGGAAAUGGAAAAUGUGCUACGGACAAUACAACAGGAUUAAUAACAUUGCCUGCAGAUUUUUGUGUUACUACUGAAUCACAAGAGGAGUUAAUUGCAAGUGUGUAUCCCAACAUUGUAGAUAAUUAUACAAAUCAUCAAUGGUUAAGCGAUCGCGCUAUAUUGGCAGCUAAAAACAAAGACGUAAGUGAUAUUAAUAUUGAGAUUCAAAACAAGCUUAGUGGCCAAACCAACAUCUACAAAUCUAUUGAUUGCGUUAUGGAUCCAGAUGAAGCUGUAAAUUAUCCAAUAGAAUUUUUAAAUUCACUUGAUUUACCUGGAACUCCUCCUCAUAUUCUGCAAUUAAAAAUUGGUGUGCCAAUCAUUCUGUUACGCAAUUUACAUCAACCAAGGCUUUGUAAUGGAACAAGACUGGCUGUAAAACAAUUGCUGAACAACAUCAUUGAAGCAACUAUAUUAUCUGGCAAAUACAAAGGCGAAAACGUAUUGAUUCCACGUAUACCAAUUAUUCCAUCAGAUAUGCCUUUCGAAUUUAAGCGAAUACAAUUUCCCGUCCGACUGGCAUUUGCUAUGACCAUCAAUAAAUCUCAAGGGCAAUCGCUUCAAGUAUGUGGAUUACAUCUUGAACCACCAUGUUUCUCACAUGGACAAUUAUACGUUGGAUGCUCACGUGUUGGUAAACCGUCUUCAUUAUUCAUCUUCACACAUGCCAAAACAACAAAAAAUAUUGUUUAUGAAAGAGCGUUGCAAUAA